AUGAUCUCCACCAAGACAAUCCUCAGCUUCUCUGCCCUCGUGGCUGUGGCCUUCGCCAAGGGCAACACUGGCGGGAACACUGGCGGAAACACCGCCGCUGCCGACAGCACAACCCUCUCGGACAAUGCUAUCCAGAGCGGCUCUUUCCUCGAUGGCAGCCAGGGCCUCGGCGCUGAGACCGGCCAGGCCUCCUCGACUACCUCCCAGAACAACUUCAUCAACUUCUGCUCUGGCAAGACCUUGACCAAUGGUCUGCAGAUCACCGAUGGUUCUUGCAAUGGUAUUGUCAUGGGUGACAUUCCUGCGAAGGCCACCAUGAUCUCGAGUAUCAUCACGUUCCCCCAGGAGGGCCAGACCAUCCAGGAGAACCAGGACUUUAAUAUCAGCGUCCAGACCCAGAACUUGCAGGCCGGUUCUUUCACCAACGCUGAUGCGACCUACUACGCCGCCCCUCAACAGCUGAACGGUCAGGGCCAGGUUAUUGGGCACACUCACAUCACCGUUCAGGAUCUCGGCAACUCCUUGAACCCGACGACCCCCCCAGAUCCUACCCAGUUCGCCUUCUUCAAGGGUAUCAACGAUGCUGGAAACGGAGAUGGGCUCCUCUCUGCCGCCGUCGCCGGUGGUCUCCCCGCAGGAAACUUCCGCGUCUGCACGAUGACCUCGGCUUCCAACCACCAGCCUGUCGUCAUGCCUGUCGCCCAGCGCGGGUCGCAGGAUGACUGCACCAAGUUCACCGUUCAGGCUGCUGGUGGUAACGCCAACAACGCUGGCGGCAACAACGGAAAAAACAACAACAAGGCCCGCUUCAGGAGCGCAACAAACACCAAGCGUGACCGCCUCGCCAACAUCAAGGCUCGUGAGUUCAUAGCCUGA